GGGCGCGCGCCCUCAGCGCCGGCGCGCAGGAGGCGGCGGGGCCGGUGCGGGCGCUGGAGCCGCCGCGGCGGCAGGAAGAUGGAUGCGCCGUGCUCAUCCCUCGCUGCUCGGCGUCUUUCCCUGGCGGCACGAGCUUCCAAAGCAGCUGAGUCCAGGACCUUAAGGAAUGUCACGCAGUAGUUGUUGAACUAAGUAACACUGAAAGGAACAGAAGAAGAUGGCAAUCCAUAUUUGAAACAAACGUGUGGACCCUCUGAUAAAAAACCAUGUCAAAAAAAGGACGGAGCAAGGGCGAAAAGCCCGAGGCGCUGAUUGUUGCCCUACAGGCUGCCAAUGAGGAACUCAGGACUAAGCUAACAGACAUUCAAAUUGAGCUGCAUCAGGAGAAAUCUAAGGUUGCUAAGCUCGAAAGAGAAAAGACUCAAGAAACGAAGCGUAUCCGCGAAGUGGAGCAACGCAAGCAGACCGUGCAGAUCACAGAGCUAAAAGCCAAACUCCAUGAGGAGAAAAUGAAGGAGCUGCAGGCUGUGAGGGAAAACCUCAUCAAACAGCACGAGCAGGAGAUGACGAGAAUGGUGAAAGUCCGAGACAGUGAAAUCCAGCGCCUGAAGUCGGCGCUGUGCGCACUGCGGGAUGGGAGCAGUGAUAAAGUACGGACAGCGCUGACUAUUGAGGCUCGUGAAGAGGCCAGGAAACAGUUUGACUCUGAGCGCCUUAAGCUUCUGCAGGAAAUUACGGAACUGAAGUCUGCCAAAAAGCAGGUAGAUGAAGCCCUUAACAACAUGAUCCAGGCCGACAAGAUCAAGGCAGGUGAUCUUCGGAGUGAGCAUCAGUCCCACCAAGAGGCCAUUUCCAAGAUCAAAUGGGAGAGUGAAAGGGAUAUUCGACGCCUGAUGGAUGAGAUCAAGGCUAAAGACAGGAUCAUAUUUUCAUUGGAGAAAGAACUGGAGACACAGACAGGCUAUGUGCAGAAGCUGCAGCUGCAAAAGGAAGCUCUGGAUGAACAGCUCUUUUUGGUGAAGGAGGCAGAGUGUAACAUGAGCAGUCCCAAGAGAGAGAUCCCGGGAAGGGCUGGAGAUGGUUCGGAGCACUGCAGCAGCCCUGACUUGCGCAGAAACCAGAAGAGGAUAGCAGAGCUGAAUGCCACCAUACGGAAGCUGGAAGACCGGAACACGUUGCUUGUUGAUGAACGAAAUGAGCUGUUGAAGCGUGUCCGAGAAGCUGAGAAACAAUGUAAACCUCUUCUGGAAAAGAACAAGUGCCUCACAAAGAGAAAUGAUGAACUUAUGCAGUCUUUGCAGCGCAUGGAAGAUAAACUCAAAGCAGUCACUAAAGAAAAUAUAGAAAUGAGAGAAAAAAUAACAUCACAUCCUCCUCUAAAGAAAUUAAGAUCUCUCAAUGACCUGGAUCAGGCUAAUGAGGAACAAGAAACUGAAUUUUUAAAGCUUCAGGUCAUAGAACAGCAGAACAUAAUUGAUGAGUUAACAAGGGACAGAGAAAAACUCAUUCGUCGGAGAAGGCAUAAAAGGAGCUCAAAACCAAUCAAGAGACAUGUGGUGGAUACAGUUUUUGGGUAUGAUGAUGAUUCUAUGGACUCUGAAACAUCCUCUGUGGCCUCAUAUAGAACAGACAGGACACCAGCAACCCCAGAUGAUGAUCUGGAUGAGGGUUUAGCAGCAGAAGAGUCAGAGCUGCGGUUUCGACAGCUGACAAAGGAGUACCAGGCCCUGCAGAGAGCGUAUGCACUGCUGCAGGAACAGACAGGAGGGGUCAUAGAUGCUGAAAGAGAAGCCAGGGCUCAGGAGCAACUUCAAGCUGAAGUCCAGAGGUAUAAAGCCAAAAUAGAAGAUCUGGAGAAAACUUUGGCUCAGAAAGGGCAGGACUCACACUGGGUGGAAGAUAAGCAGCUUUUUAUUAAGAGGAACCAAGAGCUGUUAGACAAGAUAGAGAAAACGGAAGCAGAAAACAACCGUCUGCAACAGGAGCUGCAGGAUGCGCGAGACCAGAACGAGCUGCUGGAGUUCCGCAACCUUGAGCUGGAGGAAAGAGAGAGACGGUCCCCACCAUUUAAUCUCCAGAUUCACCCAUUCUCAGAUGGUGUGAGUGCUCUACAGAUCUACUGCAUGAAGGAAGGGGUUAAGGAUGUCAGCAUCCCAGACCUUAUAAAGCAGUUAGACAUCCUAGGUGAUAAUGGGAAUUUAAGGAAUGAAGAACAAGUGGCCAUAAUUCAGGCUUCCACGGUAUUGUCCUUGGCAGAAAAGUGGAUACAGCAGAUUGAGGGAGCUGAAGCUGCUCUGCAUCAGAAGAUGAUGGAACUGGAAAGUGAUAUGGAGCAAUUUUGCAAAAUAAAAGGUUAUUUGGAGGAAGAAUUAGACUACAGAAAGCAAGCUCUUGACCAAGCGUACAUGAGGAUCCAGGAGCUUGAAGCCACCUUGUACAAUGCUUUGCAGCAAGAAACAGUGAUAAAGUUUGGGGAACUACUCACUGAAAAACAGCAGGAAGAGCUGAGGACAGCUGUAGAAAAGCUAAGACGUCAGAUGCUGAGGAAAAGCAGAGAAUAUGAUUGCCAGAUUCUUCAGGAGAGGAUGGAGCUGCUCCAGCAGGCUCAUCAGAGGAUCCGAGAUUUAGAAGAUAAAACUGACAUCCAAAAGAGACAGAUUAAGGAUCUGGAGGAAAAGUUUCUAUUUCUGUUCUUGUUCUUCUCUCUUGCCUUUAUUCUUUGGCCUUGAUGUCAAUGUGCCUCUUGGAAAGAGUGCCCGACUACACAGAUAAGUCCUUAUAAAGGCAAAUGCUUCCACCCCUCGAUGAAGAGAAUAUUGUUUACACCUAUUUUCAAAAGUAUAAAAAUGAACAACCUGUAGCCAAGACUGCAACCACCUUGUAUUUUAAAGCCAUCACUCAAAAUUUGUUACCUGACAAUUCCUGUUUAAAGCUAUGAUAUAUGCUGCAUCUAAUGAAUUUCUGUAUGUUGAAAUUACAAAAGGGGAAGAAAAAUAAACUGACAACCUACAUCACCUAGGAAGAACUUAAAGGGAAGGAACCACUUUCAGCUGGUCGAGUCAGUGUGUCUUGGGCAUGGAACCAAAGUUACAAUAGAAAAACCUAUUCCUGCUGUGCAGGGCAAUCAUUUAAAUGUCACCCUGUCAUCUGACAAAUGGAUCAAAAAUGAACAGAUCAGAGUAGGAGAGACUCAAGAGAUGCUGACAACUAAGUGCUCGAUUUGAAGUGUGUGGCUUUUUUGCUGCAGGGACUCCUGCUCUCCCUCUUUGGUUUUAACCUCAGGAACAAAUGACAGCUGCAAUGUGGAAGGAAGAAAGGGAAAAAACCCAGUCUGCGUUACUGCAGGAUGGGAGGACAGGUCACCAUGUUUUGUGCUUGAGAUUGUUACACAGCACCACCUGCCUUGGCCAAGAAAUGGAAGAAGAGGGUGAAUGGCAUAAGGAGGGUUUCCAGUGGAGUUGAAGCCUUAUCUCUCUCACCAUCCCUCCAUGAAGAACAGCCUGUCUGUUAUCAAUACUUUUCAUACUCUUUAAAGACUGCCAUUGAGAUAAUAAUGACUAUACUUGGUUUCACUAUAGAAUAACCACUGAGGAUCACUGAAUUAGACCUGCAGAGUUGCUUCUGAGAAAGAAAAGAAAUGUUGGAGGACAGGGCAGGGAGGAAAGCUAAUCCCCUUAUCCAUCUGACAUGAUUCACAAAGCAUCAGCUUCCAACUGUUUUGUCCCAGCUUGGAAAAAAAUGUUUUGGUUCAGCUUGUCAACUGACUUUGUUAGUUGCCUUCCUGAUCAAUGAUAUAUAGACCAAAAAUGGGGAAAAACAUUGUGAACACAACCUUAUUACAAAUAAGACAUAUUGCUAGUCUGGUUAGCUUUUUCCACAGUUAAGAUAACUAAAAGUAGUUUUAAUUUGAAAGCAUUACUUACCUCUGUAAUCAUGAAGCCUGGAACCCAGCUGUGGUGCCUCCCUGAGGUCAUAGGUCCAUGCACCCAGUGCUUUGUCAGAAAUGUAGGUCCAUGCUGGCCAGCAGUCUUUCAGAAGAGUCCUCCCUGAGGAGGAUGACUCUCACUGAGAGCCCUGUGCUGAGGGAGGGAGUGCAGCCAGCUGCACCCACCCUCCCUUUCUCACUGAUGGGCUGACAGCACACUUCUCAGUGCCUCUGGUUUCCUGCCUGUUCAGACUUGGGGUUCCUGUAGCCAGGCUCUGUCUUCUGUGAUGGAACCUUAAUUUUAACUGGAAGAAAUGGAUUUCUGUACUAGAAACUAGAAAAUUAAGGGCCAGAAUACAGCUUGUGCAUUACUUACACCUUCAAAGCAGGGAUCACAUGUACCAACAUCUUACGCACAUCAGAAGCUUUUAAAGAGCUUUCAAAGAGUUUUUUGAGGAUUUUCUCCUUUGGUUGCCUGUUUACUUUUACAGACUAAGCAGCUGAGGCACAAAUCAGUGAGGUCACUUGCCAGAGCAACUCAGCACAUCAAAAGCAGUUCCUUAGCUAUAGGAGGGAGGAAGUUCCUCUAGUAUCAAGGAUGCCUGCACCUCACAGACACUUUUUUUUUUUUUUUUGGCCAGAAUAGCUUUUAAUCAGUAAUAUCCAUUUGACUAACUGCAUUGCAAUUCUGGGCUCAGUUUCUCCACAAAGACUGCUGACAUCCUUAUUUCUGGAGUGCCAGGAGAUAGUGUUAAAUCUUCCAUGGAAAAUUAGAAGUUAUUAGCAAGUGAUUUUUUUUCUUACUCCUUAAAAUUAAUUUAAAUUAUAGAAUGACUACAUCUUGUUGAAACACUCUGGUUCGGCCAAGGGGUUUAUUGAGUUCUGGCACCAAACUGAAUGCUUGCUGGUUAAUUUUUAAAGAAAUAUGCUAGUAGGUAGAUAUGUUACAUGAUUGCAGGCACAUUGUGUGCUUUUUGUUCAAAUUCCUUUUCCCUAGCAGGAGACUCUGUGGAUAAGGUUGGCCCAAAUGUACAUGUGCUUUCCAUGAGCUAGCAGUUCAGUCCUGAAGCUCUGGAGUUGGGCCCUGGAAGAGUGGUCCCACUCCUGUGACAGCUGGAGAUCACUGAGCAGCUGGUUAGCUGCAGAGGAGCUUUCUCUCUGCUUGUUCCUUCUUCUCACCUCGCUUUUUUCUCCUCUUGCAGCAUCAGGUAAUUGCACACCUUCAGGUGGCUUUCCACAUUAGGGCUGGCAGCUAAAGCACUUUAGUGCUUCUUGCAGAAGAAUUAGCAGCUCUUGGUUUCAGUGAUGGUGCAAGAGCUUCCACCGCUGGUUUGGUUUUAAAAAAACCCUAGAAACAUUUAUUUCAGGCAGUCGUACAGAAGGUUUAUGGCACAGUUAGAAAUACACACUUUCACAACAUACUUAACUGGUCUUGUGGCAGGCUUCAUUGUUUGGACUCCCUAAGUCAUGUUAUCUUACUUAAUUUCUUUUUUUUUUUUGGUGUAAUUUGCCCUCCCUUACUCCUGUGUGUAUACACAUGCAUGCAGGUAUUGCACUCCCAAAGGUUCAGGGUGUGAUGGGGGCUGGUUGUCUGACUGCAGCAGACCUGGCUCUGCAAACUUCAGAGAUUGUUCCUCCCUCCAGGGAGCUGAACCCUGCUGCUUUCCUCUCCUUGCAACAUUAACACAUGCCAUGCCUAAAACACACAUGCUGAUGUGAGUUAAUACGAACUUUCUGCUAUCAGCUAGAUCAAAAUGAGUUUCAUGUCUGUGUGUAUAUAUAUAUAUACACACAUGUAUCUAUAUGUAUAUGUACAUAUAUAUACAUAUAUUGCAUAUACUUACCAAUUCCCUAUUGUAUAUAGAAAUUAUUGCUGUAGCUUAUGAAAGUAUACUUCAGUCUAGGCAUGGGGAACUGAAUCCUGAUUGUUUAGCUGCCACAUUCCUCCAGAUUUAGUUUCACAUCUCAUGGGCAGCUAAUUUUUAAAUUUUUUUUUUCUGGACCCUUCUCUCUCCUUGGACUGUUAAUCCUGGGCUUUCUGCUGUUCCUGAUGUUCAUUGAAGCAAAGGAUUGAGAAUCCUCCCGCAGAUUAGUCACUGCAGCCAACCUCCCCUCCCCAAAAGCAACAAGAAGAAUAAAAAUCAAUUUACCGCAGCCCUUGAGGACAGCGAAUGCAGCCCUGGAUCCCUCCCAGCGCUCCAGGCUAUCCAUCCUGCCAAAGCAGGAGGUGAGCCACAGAAGGUAGUACAAGUCAGCUUGACCACAAUUUGACUUGCUUUUUUUUCCCCCACUGACCAAGUUAUGAGACUUUGAAGACUAUUUUUUGAAUUUAAGCACUUCAGAUGAUGGCCUGGUUACGUGAGAUGAACGAAGGCAGUUGGGGUUGCAGUAAGGACACGGUGUUUGCAGAGUUACCAGCCUGGCUCACAGGUGCAUCCUCUCUUACUGAUGUGCCUGGAGGACAACGGAGAAUUUUUUUAGGUGUUGUUAAUCUUCCAACCACCUACCAUGAUCUCAGUGGGAAACAUCCUCUGAAACCCAAAGUUUUCAGUUCUAUGGCAUCCCAUGAGGACUGCCCAGGCCAGGCUCUCCUGCCAUGAGCAGGGCUCACAGAACAAACACAGCUGCUGGUGAUCCAAAGGGUUUUCUCUUCCCCUGCCCUCUCUCACAUCAGCACCUCUGUGGUUUUAUAUAUACUUUUUGUUCCAGAUUUUUUUGGUGUCUCUUCCAGAACAAAAUUGUAAAUUACUUGGCAGAAUGACCCUUUGAUAAACACUGGACAUGUACCUGUACUAUAUGUAUUAACGUGUAGGAGAGAAUCCUUAUUGUAUGUAAAGUUUUAUGAAUGGUUAUUUUUUAAUUUAUGUAUUUAAUAUAGGAUUCAAUGACCUCUGGUGUUUUAGU